UGUUUUGGUACUUCUGUUUCGAUUUUUCUUAUGUAACAUAAUUAUCGCUGUACUUUUCCUAUACUCGCUUCUAAUAACACAGAGUUGUUAUAAUAAAGUCAAGGUGUUUUUUAUUGAUAAUGACAUGCUCUUUGCAACUGAACAUACUAUUCAUAUGUAGUGAUUAAUCUGCAAUAUCUGUUAAUUGUUUUGGUUUGUUGUCAAGAGUCUCAAACUUAAUUAAAAUAAAACGUUGUCAUUUGCGUUAUAAUUUCAUUUCUUUUAAAAUGCUGUCAUUUUUUUCAAAGAAGAAGCACAACGCAGAAACACCACCCGAGGAUAUUAUACAGGGCCCCGCUGUAUCACAGGAACAAAACGCAGAUGAUUUUAUAUUUAUUGAAAGGAGAAGUGAUGAAGAUCCGUCAAGAUCACAACGAAAUGUAUAUCCUCCAAUGCCUCCGGUCUUUGGAACAAAGAUAAAUCAUUUAUACCCGCGGGUAAACGGUAACACAACCAUUGGUCAAGCAUCUGUUCCAUAUGUGCAAGACGUUCCCUUCGUAUUGGCACCACAACUGUGCAACAAAACUACAUUAGACUUGACGCAAACACAAGUAGAUGGAAUAUUAGCAUUACUCACCAGACAAAUGUCUGUUGGCGAACAGGAGGAAUACAAUUUCGCUUUAGAACGUUCAAUACAAAAUGAAUGCUACUAGCAUCUGCUAAUACAUAACUAAUGAAAUCUUAACGCUUGUCAUAUAUUGCAACUGUUAUAAAUAAGAGCCAUUAAUUAUAAUACAAAUAUUAAGAAAAUAUGCAAGUAAGAGAUUUUGUAAGAAAAUUCAUUGUUUUGUUGUAAUAAAUUAUUCGUUUGAUUAAUGCGAAAACUUCUGAAUAAUAAACAGACUGAGCGCAGAUAUUCAUAUUAUUAUUGCAAAUAUUCUUUAUCGACGUAUUAUGCUUGUUAGCUUGUUUAUGUGAUCUUUUGCAAUAAUUUUAAAUGCAUGAUAACAAUAAUUCCUCAAAAUCGCAUUCAAGAAUGAAGAACAACAAUACUGUAUGGCUCAUCUUUUGAAAGCAUCAAUGUUGGUUGACAAAAACAAAACCAGUUUAUGGUUUCGCUUUACCGAAAAAGAAGACU